UACUUUGAUAACCAAGAACAAGAGCAAAAAACAAGCAUUUUAAUUGGACACCAAUUUCCUACUUGAUCAUCGAAAUAUAUACAAUGGCUGCUUCAGCUACCAUGCACUCAAUAUUCCUUGCAAAUUCCGUUGUAUAUGCAGCAGGAAAGAACAGGUCCUCGUUGCCUGUUCAAUUUGCACCAACUCUUCGUAGGUACCCUAACAUGAGGAUACGCUCCAUGGCUGAGAAUGGUCUACCUGAGGAGAAACCAUCUACAGUUUCAGAACCAUCAAAGGUUCCACCACAAGCACCUACACCUACACCUUUCCCACCACCACCUAGGACUCCCAAGGUUAGCACCAAGUUCGGGGACGUUUUCGCCUUUAGCGGUCCAGCACCGGAGAGAAUCAAUGGCAGACUCGCAAUGGUGGGCUUUGUUUCAGCUCUUGCAGUGGAACUGUUAAAGGGCCAGGAUGUGUUUUCUCAGAUCUCCGACGGGGGAGUCUCGCUGUUCCUUGGCACUAGCAUUUUGCUGUCAGUUGCAUCCUUGAUUCCUCUAUUUCAAGGUGUCAGCGUGGAGUCAAAAUCAAAGGGGCUCAUGACCUCAGAUGCUGAGUUGUGGAAUGGAAGAUUGGCCAUGUUAGGUUUGGUGGCUUUGGCUUUCACCGAGUAUGUCAAGGGUGGAACCCUAAUUUAAUUCUCAUGCAUCAUGAUUGGCCUGUGUUUAAUUUGCUAGGUUAAUACUUAAUACCUUGUAAAAGUCAUAUUCAUAUCAAUUAGUUAACACGUACGUACUGUAAAUUUGCAGAGAAAAUGUAUGGUUUAUUUGGAACUUUGGAUACUUAAAAAUGAGCACGAAAUCAAUAUAUUGCCAAGGCAAGGCCAGAAAUUUGCUUUUCAAAA